AGAUAAAGAAUGUUCUACAUGGUGAAAAUCUUGAAUGCAUGUGGACUUUAAAGUCAAAAGUAUGUUUUUUUAAUAUGGUCUUGCAUAUUGAUAAAGGGAAAAAUGAGUAAAGUUGCAAUCUUUUAUUGUUUUUCUGUAUAUUUUCUGUUUAUGUGUUGUUAUAGGAAAUAAGUUGCAAUCAAAGUUAUGUCUUUUUAAGAUGAUAGUAACAUUUGCAGAGUGGGGUUCUUGAUGUAAUAAAGAUCUGCAUAUUUGGUUGACUCUUUCCUGAUCUUUUGUUCUGAAUAUUUAGCGUAGCUGGUAAAGUUGUUGUCGUUGUGGAAACAACCUCUUGUAGGAAUGCAAGGUAAGGUUGCGUACAAUAGACCCUUGUGAUCUAGCCGUUCCCCGGACGCUAAGCAUAGCGGGGGCUUAGUGUACCGGGCUGCCCUUUUUUUCCUAAUCUUUUGUUCCUUCAUAUUUCAGUAUUGGAUUUUAUUAUGUGUAUGCCCAGUAGUUUUCUUCUUCUUAUGGUUUUAUUUUGCUAGUGAUCUCUAAAUUUCCCUUUCUGGGGAUAAAGAAUGUUCUACAGAGUGAAAAUCAUGAAUGCAUGUGGACUUUAAAGUAAAAGGAGAUAUGAAGUCUUUGGAUCCGCACUUACAAGGCAAGACAUUGCAGUUGACACAUUCAACUAUUAACUCGCGAGACGAAAUGACUGCCUCAGGGAAAACAAAUUCUCAAGAUCAAUGUGCUUCCUCAGAAUAUGUUCAUGAUGAAAGAUAUGGAAGAGAUAUGCAAGUUCAAAUAAAGCCUGCUCUUUUUUCUUUGCAAAAUGAAGUGGCCCAUUCAACUGGUUUCUCUGCUUUUGAUUACUCUGAUCCCUAUAUCAGUGGCUUAUAUACUGCUUAUGGACCUCAGCCUUUUCCUCCAAUGAUGGGCAUAGCACCUGCCCGUGUCCCACUCCCCGGAGAUGUUGCAGAGGAUGGACCAAUUUAUGUAAACGCAAAACAGUACCAUGGGAUCCUAAGGCGGAGGCAGAUACGUGCAAAGCUCGAGGCUCAGAACAAACUUGUCAAAAAUAGAAAGCCAUAUCUUCACGAGUCACGACAUCUUCAUGCAGUGAACAGAGUUAGAGGGUCUGGAGGACGUUUCCUCAGCUCAAAGAAAGUGCAUCAAUCUGAUCCAAAUUGUUACCUUACCAACUCAACUUCUUCUCGAGACUCAGUUGAGCAUGAAGGUUCAACUUCUGCUUUCUCAAGUGUCCGGCAAGAUGUCGUCCACAAUGGCAUCAGCUUCCAGCAGCAGCCUGAUCACAUGGCCUUCAGUGUAUCCUCUCAUAUGGAUAUUACCAUGCAAGGCAAUGGGACUCAGCAACGUGCUCCAGUUGUCCGGUGAUUAUAAGUUCUUAACUGGCCGAGACAGUCACCGGCAGGCAAUUCAUCCUUGGCUUUUACCCUUUCUAUUUGAUAUCUCUGGUUUUUGCAAAGUGUCCACUUAUUUCUACUGUUUAUCGAACCUAGAUUGAAGAAAAGGAAGUCUCUUGUUCUGAAUUAGUUAUCCGUUUUGUUGCAUUUCUGCACCUAUCAUGGAAUCGUUAUGCAGUGAUGUUGUUAAUGAUGAACUGAAAAGAAAAAGAAACAAAAUGGCUGUUUGUUGUGUACUGAGUGAUUCAAGAAGUUGAUGUAAUACUAAAUUUACUCAAAAAAGUUGAUGUGCAAUGUUUCAGUGGACUUGAAUUGAA